CUCUCGCCCCCUUGACCCUGGGCCCUGGGGCUGGGUCGAUAAACCUGCGUAUAUCGCUUAUCGCGCAUCGGCCGCAACCCAUAACGCCUUAUUAACAGCUUUGAGCUUUGUUGGAAAUGAUGUGCACCUAGUUUUGUGCAAAUGUGAAAUUUUUGUGAAAUGGUUGAAAUUUUAUGGACAAUGCCUAGUGUGUCAUUAAAUUGUUUUCCGUAAAAGUGCUCAAUGGUUAAUAACGUUAAAGAAAAAUAUUGUUAAUAGAUACAUUUUAUAUAUCACCGCCCAUCAAUACCCAGUUCUAUUUUGAAACAUUUCUUUGUCUUCUGCGUGUUUUGUUGUAGAUUUUCAAAAUGUUGUUCCGUGUCACUUUUUCUUUAAUUCUUUUGUUGCCAUUGUUUUUGAGUGUUACUGGCAGUAAACAGUUCCGAUUAGGGCGGUCGAAGGGAGGAAAUUUAGGUGCGCCGGCUGAAUACGAAGGGGAAAAUCUUCCUCCUGCACAAUGGUUUCAACAAAAGCUGGACCACUCAUCCCCAACAGAUCUUAGAGUCUGGGACCAGAGAUACUUUGUAAAUGAUUCAUUCUAUAACAACAAUACUGGUCCUAUAUUUCUUAUGGUUGGAGGAGAAGGCCCAGCCAAUCCCAUGUGGAUGGUUAAAGGAGCUUGGAUAAAUUAUGCUAAAAAAUUUAAAGCUCUCUGCAUUAUGUUAGAACAUCGUUACUAUGGAGAGAGCCAUCCUACAAAGGACUUGAGCACAAAGAACCUCCAAUACCUAUCAUCAUUCCAAGCUUUGGCUGAUAUAGCCAACUUUGUGGAUGCUAUGAAUGUUAAAUAUGAAAAUAAACGGCAACUCAAGUGGGUGGCAUUUGGUGGUUCCUAUCCUGGAUCACUUGUUGCUUGGUUAAGAGUUAAAUAUCCCCAUCUUAUAUUUAUGUCUGUGUCAUCAAGUGGGCCACUAGUAGCCAAAUUAGACUUUCAAGAAUACUUUGAGGUUGUAGAAAAUGCAUUAGUUGAGAAGACAUACAGCAAGGAUUGUACAAACAAGAUUAAGGCUGCGCAUAAACAAAUUGUUACUUUGAUGCAAUCAAACCCAAGUGUUCUUGAUAACGAGUUCAGGACCUGUAAACCCCUCGAGAACGCCUCUAGGAAUGAUAUUAGAAACUUUUUUAACGGUAUCGCUGAUGAUGUCGCUGGUCUGGUCCAAUACAAUGAAGAUAAUAGAAUAACCAACGACAACACUUACAACAACCUCACUAUUAAUACGGUUUGUGAUAUGCUAACGGAUUAUAAGAAUAACACGCCCGCAUACAAAGCCCUGGCUAGCUUCCACUCUAUGAUAUUGGAUAAGAACAACGAGACAUGUAUGGACUACAGCUACGAUAAUAUGAUACAAGAGUUGAGGAAUGUGACCUGGGAUUCGACCGAGGGUGGUCGACAAUGGAUGUAUCAGACAUGUACCGAAUUUGGUUUCUACCAGACAUCUUCGGGUGAAGAAUCAAUGUUUGGAAACGAUUUUACUUUGGAUUUCUUCAUACAACAAUGUAUUGAUGUCUUUGGAAAAAAUUUCAACGAGUCCUUCAUACAAGCGGGAAUAUAUUGGACCAACAUGGACUACGGCGCACUCGCUAUCAGGGCAACGCAUGUUAUCUUUGUUCAUGGAUCCGUGGACCCCUGGCAUGCUCUGGGCAUGUGCACUACUGCUAUUAACGAAUCGCCAGUCAUUUAUAUUACAGGUACCGCCCAUUGCGCUGACAUGUACCCCGCCCGCGCUUCUGACUUGCCCGAAUUGACACGUGCUCGUGACACCAUUGAGAGCCGCCUAGCCCAGUGGUUACAGCUUCCAUGACCAGUACACCCCUUCGCUGGUUUAACUGCGCGACGGGUGUCCCAGAUCAUAUCGAUUUGCCUCAUUCCACAUUCCAUGCUAUUACUCGGAUUCUCUAUGGCUGACGUUUUGAAUAACAGGUUUUUCCGUUAUUAAAAAACAGACCAAAUCUUUAAUGAUACUCAAUCAAGUAGUUGUAGUAAUUGGUGUCCAAUGUUAACUAAUGUGCUGAAAAGCCGUUACAAUAAGUUAGGUUAUAAUAAUAAGCCAGUGCCACAGUAUUAGGAUUAUUUUUUAUCGUUAAUUUUGCUACUAAUUUCAGCUUAAAUGAUUCAAAAAUGCAUUUACAUACAAUUGUGUCGAAUUAAAACUUUAGACGCUGGAAGAAGCCUAAAUGUUAUUUUGCUACCAAAGGUGGCACUAGUGUAGAUUUAAAGUUGUGCUUUCUAGUAUAUUAAGCUUCUUAUCUGUGGCCUGGCCAUGUGUAACUCUGAAAACUUGUAUCAGAAGGUCUCGUCUUUUUCUAACAUUAUAAAUGGAAAAGAGAGGGAUAUAAAAGACCUUCAUUCUAGCGAUAAGCUUAAAAAAAAUACUCAGUCAUUUGACGGUGUUAGUUAUAAGUAAUAUAUAUUCUUGAUGUCUCUUGAUGUCUUUUCAUGUAACUAAAACGAAUUUAAACUUGUGUUGGGACUAUUAUUGUGAUACUCUUUCGAAAUAUUUAGUUGUACUAUAUAUGUUUGGGAUCACUUAUGUAACACAAAUUGUGAAACUGUUUAAACGGACAAAGUCUUUUGAAAAUAAAUGUCUAUUCUUAA